UUGCAAAGUCCAUUUUGAGUUCUUUGAAUCCAAGUGAUUAUGGAGGAGGAACCGCCUCCUCCUCCGUCAUCUAUUCCUAAAGAUGUAGAGAUGCAAGAUGAUAAUCAUGAAGGAAUUAAUACUCAGCGAGCUAAAUCUCCAUCACAAUCGACCAUGCACAAUAGUGGAUUGUCAACCGAAGGUCCGAUUGUUCAACUAUCAAACAAGGGUAAGGAGUUAGGUGCAAAUCAGGUUCCAGGAUUGCCUAAGAAAACUUGGUUUCCUCCAAAAGAUGGAGUGAUGAAGUUAAAUGUGGAUGGUGCUUGGAAGUCAAAUGUAGUGGCAGGAGGUGGAGGUGUUUUCAGAAGGUCAACAGGUUCCUGGUUUGUUGGAUUCUCCAGUAAAUUCACUGUUAGCUCCCCUCUUGCUGCAGAGCUUUAUGCCUUAAGGGAGGGACUAAUUAUUGCAAGAGAUUUCAAGUUUGAGAAGUUGGAGAUAGAAACUGAUGCUUUAAACCUCAAAGUGCUUUUGGGAAAGAUUAAGGAACAAGAUCAUCAUGAGUUGGGUCCUGUUUUGAGGGAGGUUGCCAACCUUCUUAAUCAGUCUUGGGUAGGAAACCUCACUCACAUUCCUAAAUUUUGCAACAAAGUGGCUCAUUCUUUAGCUGCUCAUUCACUCAUCAUGGCAGUAGGAAGCAAGCUGCAUUACAUUAUUCCUUCCUGUGCAAGAAGUGAUUAUGAAGCUGAUUUUGAAAACGUUAAUCCAGAUUAUGUUGAAACAGUUAGAAGAAAGGCAAGGGAUGAAGCAAGUGCAAUUGUGGGUGCUAAUCCUUCAAUUGAUAAUGCAGUUCAUUUGAAUCAGGGGGAAACUUCAGGGGGAGCUGCGCAGCUGGUGUUUGGGUCCAUUGUUACUGACAUCAAGGAAGCCAGAGACAGGUUGAAAAAGGUUGAUAACAAAAAUCAAGAUACCGGAAAAGAGACAGCUUUCAUUCCUUUUGUUGUUGGUGGUUCAACAAUGGAUACAGCUAUUGAAAUUGUUGAAGUAGAGGAAGGGGAGAUUACCAACAACUGAAGUGUGUGAUUUUCAGCAGUUUGAUCAAGCUUUUUGGUGGAAGAUUUUGCAGAUUAUACGGAGAAUCCUGCUUCCUUUGCUUGAUGUUUCUUUUAUACAACCUUGUUUUCGUAAUUUUCGUAAGACUACCAAGGCUAUGUUUUAUUCAGUUUGUAAGCCCCUUUUUGGCAAGUUUUUGGUUCUCUAGGGGUUGCUCCAUUCAUGGAGGUGAAGUCUUUUCUUUUGCAACUUUGAAAGUUUUACCCUUGCUUUGCAGGGGUUUUCUCCUAUGUACAUUUUAGUAUGUGAUUAAUAUAUUGAC